UAUUGAAUUUAAAAUUUGCACAAUUGAAAGAUGGAAAGUUUGGUAUGAACUUUAAAGGUUAAUAGAUAACUUCAUAAACAAUUCAAGUUUAAUUGGUGCAUCUUUGAGUGUUUCCCGUGAUAUGGAUCACUUACACGAAUUCUUUGUUCCGGAAGCACCACCUUCUGUUUUUUACAUUCCCGAAUUCAUCACCAAAGAAGAGGAGACUCAUAUUUUAGAUAAAGUGUAUUCAGUACCAAAACCAAAAUGGACACACUUGUCUAAUCGUAGGUUGCAAGACUAUGGAGGUGUUCCACAUAAAAAUGGUAUGAUAUGUGAAAAAAUACCUGCGUGGCUUGAACUGUACAUGAAACGAAUCACUGAUCUUAAAGUAUACGGUGACAAAGAAGCAAAUCACGUUCUUAUAAAUGAAUACCUACCGAACCAAGGUAUAAUGCCACAUACCGAUGGCCCUUUAUUUUAUCCCACAAUUGCCACAAUAAGUUGCGGCUCACAUACAAUUUUAGAGUUUUCCUGCACAGAUAAACGUGAUACUGUUUGCAACUUGUUAUUAGAACCUCGUAGUCUUAUUAUUUUGCAAGACGAUAUGUACACUAAACAUUUACAUUCCAUAAGUGAAGUUACAGAAGAUGAAAUUACAGACAAAUGUGCUAAUUUAAGUAAAUGCAAGAACUAUAAGCUAGGACAAAUCGCUGAGCGAGAAGUAAGAAUUUCGCUGACGAUUAGAAAUGUUCCUAAAGUUUGUAAACUAAAGUUGUGGAAUUUAUAAUGUGAUAUACAAUUUAUCCUAUUUUUCUAAUGUAAUAUUUGUUUUAUUAAAUAUGUCUGGUAAUUCA